CUGGAGCCUGGCAGACGGGGCCGCCGGCACAGACGACCCUGUACAAUCCAGGACAGGGACAGGAGGAGGAGUAUUGACAUGAUGAGAAGACAGGGACAGUUGUGCUAAAAUCCUCAGAGCAACAAGAGCAUUCGUUUUUAAAGUGUCACACCCUUCCGAGAGUAGAGCCAACAGUGGAGGCUUGCGUCAAUGGGUGAAAGCGGCUCUACCCCAGCCACUGGUGGGGAUCCUGCACAAACUGCAACCAGGUGACUGGUUGGUGGUGAAAGACCUGAGACGAAAGCAUUGGAACCAGCAGAGGUGGACUGGACGAUACCAGGUGAUGCUGAUUACCCCCACUGCUGUUCGCGUAGCUGAGAGGUCUACUUGGAUCCACGCCAAUCACUGCAGGAAGGUGCCAUACUGCCCACCAGACCCUGAGGAUGGAGGACCAGAGAUGCCAGAAGUCACCGACUAGAUGGGAGGAUCAGGCCAAGACUCUACGCAUCAUGUUUCUUGCUCUGGUCUUGAGCCUUCUCAUUACAGUUGCCAUAUGGACAGUGACUCAAGGACAACCGGUCCUGUAAAGACAACAUGGUACGGACUUGACUGCGGGACUUAAAUAACAGCCACUCCAGCUCGAGCCAACGGCAGGCUCAGGACAGGAGUCCAGCAAACAAUAGCCGCUCCCAUAUCGAAAGAAGAAGAAGGUCAAUGUAUCCACUGGAUGAGCAUCAUAGUAGGAAUCACAUGGGAAACACUUGGUGGUCACUGCUUAACUAUACAGUAAAGACUGAACUGAUGUUAGGAAAUACCUCCUGUUAUGUAUGUAGCUUGUUUCCACAUUCAGCGAUCUCCCCAUUCUUACAGUAUUCAGUAGAGGUCAGCAUUAAAGACACUCUAUGUGCACUAGAGGCGCUCUUGUCCAAUUAGAACACAGGGGGUCAACCUUCACUAGGUAGAACAGUGAGGGAUAAAUGCAUUAAUGGUAAUUUGUCAUCAACAAAAGAUUUACGGGGGGGAUUUGAUUGUUCACAUUGGUGUAGUAGAAUAAUCUUAGAACCUAGAUCCCUUGUACCAGAACCUAUUCAAGUCCAACCCCGGCGAACCCCAUUUAGGACCUGUCAUUGUCACAAUCCAAGCAAUAUUUCCAUACCACAAUUGAAUUAAUCCUAUCUGGGAAUGUCAACAUGUGUCAAUUAUAGUGUUUUCCCAAUAGGAUGUAGCUGGAAGAAGGGAACAUGCAGCUCUGGAUACCCCAUUAGACUGAGGGUGGGACACACCAUUAUUGAUGCUGAAACUGACAAUCGUUCUCCUCAUCAAUUUGGCUCGGCAACAUUUACUGAUCAUUAUUGGAUUUGUGGUGAUAAAGCUUAUCUCUACCUACCCACAAAUUGGACAGGGUGCUGUAUUUUUGGUAAACUAAACAUCUCCCUUGUGGUAAUGCAUAAAACUAAUUCCUCUAUUCCAAGCAGGUUAAGACUAAUUAAGAGGGACAUCUCGCAAUACAAUAAUGUCCCUAGUGACUCUCGACGAUCCUCAAAAUUGGAAAAGUUCUGCCGUGGUUUAAUCCCCUGGUAUGGGGCAUCGGAGAAUGCACAUGAGUUGGAUAGGCUAGGAUAUAAUUUGGAAUCCCUGGUAAAUUUGACCACUGCAGGGUUUUCUAUGAUAAGACCAGAAUUACAAGCCACUCAACUCAUGGCAACACAAAAUAGGGUGGCACUUGACAUGUUGCUAGCACGUGAAGGAGGGGUGUGUCAAAUUAUAGGAGAUCACUGUUGUACAUUUAUACCCCAGGGAGAUGACAAUUUGACUAUUGUAGUGGAACAUUUGAAAGAGCUUAGGGGUGUUCUCGAAAGGGAACACCAGCCUGACAUCAACUGGAAUCCGUUAGGAUGGGUUCAGUCAGUGUUUGGUGCUUGGGCUGCGACCAUUUUCCACUGGUUCAUCUAUGGUCUAAUAUUACUGAUUGCUCUGUUGCUAAUUAUCAUUUGUGUGAAGAAAUUGUUUAAUAAAGUGGUUGAUGUUGUUCUUACUAUGCCCUUGCUUGCAAAUGAAGUAGGUGUAGAUGAGGAAUCUGAGAUUGAUGGACAACAAUCAGGUGAACACAGUGAAAUAUUCUCACUGGACAGUGUAGAUAGAGAGGGUUCACUGUAUAUGAAUGAUUUCCCUGACCCAUUCCCUAUUCCUGACUAUAUCUCUGAUAGUGGGGAACCCAAUUCUAAGCAUGAGGACUUAGAGGGAUGACUGUCCUGUAGGUUGUAAUGAUGCCUGUGUUUAGACACGGGUUCUCUUGUAAUUUUGGGAGCAUUUAUAUGUUUUAUUUUUUAUUUUUACUCAACAAAUGUAUUAUUCUAUAUGUUUAAACAGGUGCAAGUCUGUAUUAUGGUAUAACCAUUGUAAACUCAGUUUCUGAAGGGUGAAUACUUACAUUGAAGGGAUUUGAUUCUUUAUUAUCUUUAAAUCUUGAUUAUGGAUUUUUAAUUGUAUUAUAUACUCUGCAACUACUCAAGGUACCAUGUUACUAUUCUGAUUCUUCAGAAGGGACUUAGUCCCUUGAGAGGGGCAUGUUGGGGAUUAAUCAGAAUUAGUUGGGUAACAUAGAUAGGAUGUUUUAUUUUCAUGAUAUGCUUAUGAGUUAUUUCUCAUAAGAAUG